UAUAAGCAUGAAUAAACCCUUUGGGAAACGCAAUCUAAAUCAACAUUAACCAAAAUGAUUCUCCCAAUCUUCUUCCUUUCUUUCCUCUUCUCCUCUUCCUAUGCCGCCGUGCAAGACUUCUGUGUUGCAGACCUUUCAGCCCCGGAAGGCCCUGCAGGCUACUCUUGCAAGAAGCAAUCGGCUGUCACAGUCGAUGAUUUUGUUUACUCUGGCCUUGGUGCUGCUGGUAACACCUCAAACAUUAUCAAAGCCGCCGUGACACCAGCUUUUUCUCCACAACUUCCAGGUGUAAAUGGCCUUGGUAUUUCCAUGGCCCGUUUAGACUUGGCCCCUGGCGGAGUUGUGCCAAUGCACACUCACCCUGGAGGUUCAGAAGUGCUCAUUGUUAUCCAAGGCUCAAUUUGUGCUGGCUUCAUUUCCAAUGCAAAUGCAGUUUACUUGAAGUCUCUUAAGAAGGGUGACAUUAUGGUUUUCCCCCAAGGUUUAUUGCACUUCCAGGUGAAUGCAGGGGGAAGUCCGGCUUUGGCAUUUGUUAGCUUCAGCACCGAGCCCGGGCUCCAAAUCGUCGACUAUGCUUUGUUCGGAAACAAUUUGCCGUCUGAAUUGGUUGAGAAGACUACUUUCCUUGAUGAUGCUCAGGUUAAGAAGCUCAAGGCCGUUCUUGGUGGCACUGGAUAAGGUUAAUUAAACUUGUUUAGCACUGGCGUGACAGCCUCCAAUUGGUGUCUUUUUUGUUCAAUUCCUUGGCUUCUCCUUGGGAUUUAAUCUAUCGAGAACCAUAAGUUAAUUGGUUCAGCAAUAAAUAGAAUCUCGUUUAUUAGUUGUUUACUGUGUUUUGGAGGUGAAUUAAUUCUGAUCCCAGUCACUGCAUCCAUCUCUAAUAAGAAGCAAUUUUAUUGCUACUUCUUGUCACCA